GUAGGCUCUGCCGCCGCGGCUGCUGUAGCUGCCGGGCGAUGAGCCGUCAGUGCCAGACUGGAGCAGGAGCUAGGGCUGAGCGCAGUUCCUGGGAAUUUUUCAGCUGGUUCAGCGAGCGAGCGAGUGAACGAAAGGGAAAACGAGGGAGAGAUCGGGAGGAGAGGGAGAGAUAAAAAAAGAGACAACACGCGCACGCACGCACACAUGCACACACACAGCAUGCACACACACACACACGUGUGUGAAACAGAUUCCCAGAGGAAAUAGGACUGUGAAAGAGUAGAAGAGAAAUAAGGGAAGGAAGCGCUGGGAUUGCUGAUGUCAGAGGGAGCCCGGAAAGUCGCGGUGGAAAAAAUCGGAAGACAGGCACUGCUCGGCUCAUUCUGAAGAAAAGAAAUUGCCACCUACCCCCAGCGCGCUCACAUACACACCCCUCUCGGCGCCCCCUCCCCAAAAUCGAGACAGCCGAGCCCUGGCUUCGGGGGUUGGGGAGCCCUGAAUGACUGGGGGAAGGCGCUGAUCGGAGACCGGCGGCGGGGCGACUUGAGGAAUACAGAUAAGUGGCUGGCGGCUUGACGUGGAUUUUAAUGAAUUUGGGCUCCAUGUGGAUGUUUUCGUCUCCGUGAAUCCGAGCUGGGGGCAGGGAGCGAGGCUCCACGCAGCCCCCGGGGGCCAAGGCGAGCGGGCAGCCGGACAGACAGACAUCGGCAGGCUGGAACCAUGUGAGUCUAACCCUUGGAGUGUGGGAUAAACCAGGACUUGGAGAAUCUGUCUCCUCUCCCUAGCCCCCUCAGAAUGGAACAAAAGAGACCUUGGCCGCGGGUCCCAAACUCAUAUGACUGGCCACUGGUUCUGUUCUCAGUGGUGUGGGUACUGCUCUUACCCUUGACAGCUGGCACAGCUCCAUUCAGCACCUUCCACUCAGAGAACAGAGACUGGACCUUCAACCACUUGACUGUGCACAGAGGUACAGGUGCAGUAUAUGUGGGGGCCAUCAACCGGGUCUAUAAACUAUCCGGCAACUUGACUAUCCAGGUGGCCCAUAAGACAGGGCCAGAGGAGGACAACAAGUCCUGCUACCCACCCCUCAUUGUCCAGCCCUGCAGUGAGGUGCUCACCCUCACCAACAAUGUUAACAAGCUGCUCAUCAUUGACUACUCAGAAAACCGCCUGCUGGCCUGCGGGAGCCUAUACCAAGGCGUCUGCAAGUUACUCCGCCUCGAUGACCUCUUCAUCCUAGUGGAGCCGUCCCAUAAGAAAGAGCACUAUUUAUCGAGCGUAAAUAAGACAGGUACCAUGUACGGAGUGAUUGUGCGCUCGGAGGGAGAAGACGGCAAGCUCUUCAUCGGCACGGCGGUGGACGGCAAACAGGACUACUUCCCCACCCUCUCCAGCCGCAAGCUUCCCCGCGACCCCGAGUCCUCCGCUAUGCUGGAUUACGAGUUACACAGCGACUUUGUCUCCUCUCUCAUCAAGAUCCCCUCGGACACCCUGGCCCUGGUCUCGCACUUCGACAUUUUCUACAUUUAUGGUUUUGCCAGCGGUGGCUUUGUCUAUUUCCUCACCGUCCAACCCGAGACGCCAGAAGGUGUUGCCAUCAAUUCGGCGGGUGACCUCUUCUAUACCUCCCGCAUCGUGCGGCUCUGCAAGAAUGACCCCAAGUUCCAUUCCUACGUCUCAUUGCCCUUCGGCUGUACUCGGGCUGGGGUGGAGUACCGCCUUCUACAGGCUGCCUACCUCUCAAAACCAGGAGAUUCUCUGGCCAGGGCUUUGAACAUCAGCAGCCAGGAUGACGUCCUCUUUGCCAUCUUCUCCAAGGGACAGAAGCAGUAUCACCACCCUCCUGAUGAUUCGGCCCUCUGUGCCUUCCCUAUCCGGGCCAUUAACACCCAGAUCAAGGAACGUUUACAAUCCUGCUAUCAGGGGGAGGGCAACCUGGAGCUCAACUGGCUGCUGGGGAAAGAUGUCCAAUGCACCAAGGCGCCGGUCCCCAUAGAUGACAACUUCUGUGGCCUGGACAUCAACCAGCCUUUGGGGGGCUCUACUCCUGUGGAAGGGCUCACCCUCUUCACCACCAGCAGGGACCGAAUGACAUCAGUAGCCUCCUAUGUCUACAAUGGCUACAGUGUGGUCUUUGUGGGCACCAAGAGUGGCAAGCUGAAGAAGAUUCGGGCAGAUGGUCCUCCCCAUGGAGGAGUUCAGUAUGAAAUGGUCUCCAUUCUCAAAGAUGGGAGUCCCAUCCUCCGAGACAUGGCCUUCUCCAUUGACCAGCGUUACCUGUACGUCAUGUCAGAGAGACAGGUUUCCAGGGUCCCAGUAGAAUCCUGUGAACAGUAUACGACAUGUGGGGAGUGCCUGAGUUCAGGGGACCCUCACUGUGGCUGGUGCGCCUUGCACAACAUGUGCUCCCGGAGGGACAAAUGCCAGAGGGCCCGGGAAGCUAACAGGUUUGCUGCCAGCAUCAGUCAAUGCAUGAGCCUCAAGGUAAAACCCAGCAGCAUUUCCGUCUCUGAACACAGCCGACUGCUCAGCCUGACCGUCAGUGAUGCCCCAGACCUGUCUGCAGGUGUCACCUGCGCUUUUGGGAACCUGACGGAGGUGGAAGGGCAGGUGGCAGGGAACCAAGUUAUCUGUGCCUCCCCUGGGGUCAAGGAUGUCCCUGCCAUCCCUGUGGAUCAAGACUGGUUUGGCCUGGAGCUGCAGCUAAGGUCCAAGGAGACAGGGAAGAUGUUUGUCAGCACAGAGUUCAAGUUUUACAAUUGCAGUGCCCACCAACUGUGCCUGUCCUGUGUCAACAGUGCCUUCCGUUGCCAUUGGUGCAAAUACCGAAACCUCUGCACCCAUGACCCCACCACCUGUUCCUUCCAAGAAGGGCGUAUCAAUAUAUCUGAGGACUGUCCCCAGCUGGUGCCCACAGAGGAGAUCCUGAUCCCAGUGGGGGAGGUAAAGCCAAUCACUCUGCAGGCCCGAAAUCUGCCUCAGCCACAGUCUGGUCAGCGAGGUUAUGAGUGCGUCCUUAACAUCCAAGGAAUCAUCUACCGGGUCCCUGCCCUUCGCUUCAACAGCUCCAGUAUCCAGUGCCAGAACAGCUCGUACCAGUAUGAUGGGAUGGACAUCAGCAAUCUGGCUGUGGACUUUGCCGUAGUGUGGAAUGGCAACUUCAUCAUUGACAAUCCUGAAGACCUGAAAGUCCACCUCUACAAAUGUGCAGCCCAACGAGAGAGCUGUGGCCUCUGCCUCAAGGCUGACCGGAAGUUUGAGUGUGGCUGGUGCAGUGGUGAGCGCAGAUGUACUCUCCAUCAACAUUGUUCCAACCCAACUUGGCUUGAUUGGUCCAGUCACAAUGUCAAGUGCACCAACCCUCAAAUCACAGAGAUUCUGACCAUGUCUGGCCCCCCUGAAGGAGGAACUCGAGUGACCAUCCACGGCGUGAACCUGGGUCUAGACUUCUCAGAGAUCGCUCAGCACGUGCAGGUGGCCGGGGUGCCGUGCACUCCCCUCCGGGGAGAGUACAUCAUUGCGGAGCAGAUUGUUUGUGAAAUGGGCCGUGCUCUCCCAGGAAUCAACUCCGGUCCUGUACGUCUGUGCAUUGGCGAGUGUAAGCCAGAAUUCAUGACCAAGUCCCAUCAACAGUAUACUUUUGUGAACCCAACAGUGAUGUCCCUUGCCCCAAUUAGGGGACCAGAAUCCGGAGGCACCAUGGUGACCAUCACCGGCCAUUACCUGGGAGCUGGGAGUAGUGUUACUGUGUUCCUGGGAAACCAGACCUGCGAAUUCUUUGGGAGAUCUAUGAAUGAGAUCGUGUGCGUGUCCCCCCCAUCAGCCCAUGGCCUGGGCCCCGUCCCUGUUUCUGUUAGUGUGGACCGAGCCCAUGUGCACAGCAGCCUACAAUUUGAAUAUAUUGAUGACCCCCGAGUGCAGCGUAUAGAGCCAGAAUGGAGUAUUGCCAGUGGCCAUACACCCUUAACCAUCACAGGCUUCAACCUGGAUGUUAUUCAGGAACCCAGGAUCCGAGUCAAGUUCAAUGGCAAAGAAUCUGUAAAUGUGUGCAAGGUUGUGAACACGACCACCCUGACCUGCUUGGCUCCUUCUCUGACUCCAGAAUAUCGGCCUGGCCUAGAUGCCGUUGAGCGACCAGACGAGUUUGGGUUUGUCUUCAACAAUGUACAGUCCUUGCUGAUCUAUAAUGACACCAAAUUCAUCUACUAUCCCAAUCCCACUUUUGAACUGCUUAGUCCUACUGGAGUCUUGGACCAGAAGCCAGGAUCCCCAAUCAUACUAAAGGGCAAAAACCUCUGCCCUCCAGCCUCAGGGGGAGCCAAGCUGAAUUACACAGUGCUGAUUGGAGAGACCCCCUGUGCUGUCACUGUGUCUGAGACGCAGCUGCUUUGUGAACCCCCAAAUCUCACAGGACAACACAAGGUCAUGGUUCACGUGGGCGGGAUGGUAUUCUCCCCUGGUUCAGUGAGUGUCAUCUCAGACAGCCUGCUGACCCUGCCGGCCAUCAUCAGCAUUGCGGCAGGUGGAAGCCUUCUACUUAUCAUUGUCAUCAUCGUCCUUAUUGCCUACAAACGCAAGUCCCGAGAGAAUGACCUCACGCUCAAGCGCCUUCAGAUGCAGAUGGACAAUCUGGAGUCCCGAGUGGCCCUGGAGUGUAAGGAAGCUUUUGCCGAGUUGCAGACGGACAUCAAUGAGUUGACCAGUGACCUGGACCGCUCAGGAAUCCCCUACCUGGACUACCGGACCUACGCCAUGAGAGUUUUGUUUCCUGGCAUCGAGGACCACCCUGUCCUUCGGGAACUGGAGGUCCAGGGCAAUGGGCAGCAGCACGUGGAGAAAGCACUCAAGCUCUUUGCCCAGCUCAUCAACAAUAAGGUCUUUCUGUUGACCUUCAUCCGAACACUGGAGCUGCAGCGGAGCUUUUCCAUGCGAGACCGAGGCAAUGUGGCCUCCCUCAUCAUGACCGGGCUGCAAGGCAGGCUGGAGUAUGCUACAGAUGUGCUCAAACAGCUACUGUCGGACCUCAUCGACAAGAACCUGGAGAACAAGAACCAUCCCAAACUGCUGCUGCGCAGGACAGAGUCUGUGGCUGAGAAGAUGCUAACCAACUGGUUCGCUUUCCUCCUCCACAAAUUUCUAAAGGAAUGUGCAGGGGAACCACUGUUUAUGCUCUACUGUGCCAUCAAGCAGCAGAUGGAAAAGGGCCCAAUUGAUGCCAUCACAGGGGAGGCCCGCUACUCCCUGAGUGAAGACAAGCUCAUUCGACAACAAAUUGAGUACAAGACUCUGAUCCUGAACUGUGUAAAUCCAGACAAUGAGAACAGCCCAGAGAUCCCAGUGAAGGUGUUAAACUGCGACACAAUCACACAGGUCAAAGAGAAGAUCCUGGAUGCUGUGUAUAAGAAUGUGCCCUAUUCUCAGCGACCCCGAGCUGUAGACAUGGAUUUGGAGUGGCGCCAGGGACGGAUCGCCCGAGUUGUAUUACAAGAUGAAGAUAUCACUACCAAGAUUGAAGGGGACUGGAAAAGGCUCAACACAUUAAUGCAUUAUCAGGUGUCAGAUCGUUCUGUGGUGGCUCUUGUCCCCAAGCAGACCUCCUCCUACAACAUCCCCCCCUCUGCCAGCAUCUCCCGGACAUCCAUCAGUAGAUACGAUUCAUCUUUCCGGUACACUGGAAGUCCAGACAGCCUGAGAUCUCGGGCACCCAUGAUCACUCCUGACUUGGAGAGUGGAGUCAAGGUGUGGCACUUGGUCAAGAACCAUGAUCAUGGAGACCAGAAAGAGGGAGAUCGGGGCAGUAAGAUGGUAUCUGAAAUCUACCUGACCCGGCUGCUGGCCACUAAGGGUACAUUGCAGAAGUUUGUGGACGAUUUGUUUGAGACCCUGUUCAGCACUGUACACCGGGGCAGCGCCCUCCCCCUGGCCAUCAAGUACAUGUUUGAUUUCCUGGAUGAGCAAGCAGACAGGCACAGCAUCCAUGACACAGAUGUGCGGCACACCUGGAAAAGCAACUGCCUCCCCUUGCGAUUUUGGGUGAAUGUGAUCAAGAACCCUCAGUUUGUGUUCGACAUCCACAAGGGGAGUAUCACUGACGCCUGCCUCUCGGUGGUGGCCCAAACUUUCAUGGACUCCUGCUCCACAUCUGAGCAUCGACUAGGCAAGGAUUCCCCUUCCAACAAGCUCCUCUAUGCCAAGGACAUUCCCAGCUACAAGAGCUGGGUGGAGAGAUAUUAUGCUGAUAUUGCCAAGUUGCCAGCCAUCAGUGACCAGGACAUGAACGCCUACCUCGCAGAACAGUCACGCCUCCAUGCUGUGGAGUUCAACAUGCUCAGUGCCCUCAAUGAAAUCUACUCCUAUGUCAGCAAGUACAGUGAAGAGAUCAUCGGGGCUCUUGAGCAAGAUGAACAAGCACGGCGACAGCGACUGUCAUAUAAAGUGGAACAAUUGAUCAAUGCCAUGUCCAUUGAGAGCUGAGGGAAGGCUCCCAGCACAUCUCUUGAGAAGAAACAGAAGGCGAGGAGGAAGACAAAUCGGCCUUCAAUUCUUUGAAACUGGGAAGCUGGAAGUAAAGGACUAGUGAAGGGAGUGCAGCUCCUAUGGUUCAAUGACCCCCACCUCUGGGGGGAGGGGAGAGCUGUACCCCUCCCCCAGCAUCAGCCGGGGCUCAUCCUAGCCAGUUCCCAAAUCAUCGAACAGUAGGCAUUGUGCAUCCUCGGCAAGAACAAGAGAGAAAUGGGGGCCAGGAGGUCGUUCUCAAAGCCAAGGGGCAGGAGCUGGGGACAGUUCUGCCUCUGUGACUGCUGCUUUGCAUGAAAAAAAAUCCUUUAAUGUAUAUUGGGAAAUAAUGAAAACUUUAUUUAAUUUUUUUAAGAAAAAGAGAAAAAAACACAGAAAUAAAAUAGACAAAAAGCCACUCUGCUAAUCCCGUCCCACCUUUUUCUUUUUUCCAAUCUGAAUUUUUCCCCCUUCUUUCUUAUCCUCCCAAGCCCUCCUCCCUCACAAGAUUCCUGCUCCCUUAUCAGUGACAAUUCACAAGCAGAUGACAACGGGAAUCUUGGGAAAAUAACUUGUUUCCCUGGAAAGUAGAGAAAUGGAGGCGAGGAAGGAUGAGCACAAGUUUGCACCAAACGUUUUUCACAGUCACAGAGGCCAGUCAAACUUGGAAAUAUCCCAACAGUGGAGAGCUCAUUGGUACUUCUAUGUGAACUUCCAAACCAUCAGAUGAAACCAAACCUGCCUGGCUGGAAACCAAGCUUUACAUACACACACCUGUAUAUGAUCAUCUCCGGAGAGAAGUUUUGUCUUUACACAGUGUCUAUGCUUUUUGCUACCGUUUGUUUUGGGUUUUGGUUUGUUUGGUUUUGUUUAUUUUUAUUUUGUGUCUGACCAAUUGAGGACCUGAUCUUCAAUCCCUCCCUUUUGAACCAGGGGGCAGUGAGAUGGGCAUCUCUACAUGACUCUCAUUCAGACGCCAAACAUCUCCAUCUCACGUGUCUUUCUCCUGCCACGCUCUGCUUUGGGGAGACAUUUCUAUAUCCUAGCAUUUGGCUCAGGGGGGACACAGUCUAACAGGGCUGUGAUCAGAGACCGUGAGCAUUAGAAAAAAGUUCAAUGGGCCAUGCAAGGGCUAUAAAGGGACCAACUCUCCAGGCUGAAUCUGGAACUUGAUUUGGGGAAAUGGGUAUUCAGGAUUGGAAUUACACUCCAAUUUCUUGCAGUUAAAAAAUGCAAAAACAAACACUGUUUACAGCAGGUAAUGCUUGAAGAGAGUUAGCUAAAGAAGCUGCAAUAUUUAUUAUUCUACUUUUUCAAUUGUCUCAAGCUUUCAGAGAGAAGGAGAAUGUUUGGUAUUCAUCUUUGGACAUGUCCCUGGAUGUGCAGGGUUGCCUCUGAGGGGAUCAGACCAAAUGGUUUGACUCCCAGAGAGUGCCAGUCUUUGUCUCCUGUCAUUGUGUGUCUGUCUCUGUUGCUGAUUCUUGCAUGGGGAGACCAGCACUAGCUCAGACUCUUCCUCCUUCCUUCCGUCCACUAACGAUGUUGGGUGACCAGCUUUCCUGAGUGCUGUUUUAACAAGAGACCAAAGUUUCACUUCUCUUGUCCAAAUUACCCAUAGAGGCUAGGAAGUUCCCCCAGAUGUUGACAUUAGCACCUUGGAAGCUGGCAGGAGUUACUGAUAAUGGGGCACAUUGGUCUGAGAAGCCUAAACUCUUUGCCUGGAAUUACCCUCUCCAGGAAGAGCAACCGCAAGGAAGGGUAGGUGCCAUAGAAGAAGGGAAACAGAGGAAGAGAAGAGCAUUCUUCUCCCUCUUCCCAUCCCUCUAAUUUGGGAAGAAGCCAGAAAUCAGGCUGCAACUCUUAGAGGUCCCAGCAGGCUGCCCCCAAGGGAGAAUGGACUGCAUCUUGUUUCCUAUUUGUUUAACUCAAACCAUCCAUCCCCCUCGCUAUCCUGCUACAUCUCCAGGAGGCCCCAGUUUUUAAAGCUUCCAGCGGCUGCACAAUUCCCAAGGAAAAUGGGUGAAGGAGAGUUGGCUGCCAGCCUUCUUGACGUGUGUCUUUGGAUUGCUGCACUAACCACACAGCAGACUCCCCUGGUCUGUUCAGCUCCAGUUUCUUGCCUGAAUGCAGCUGACAAAAGGGAAGAGAAAAGCAUUCAGUGAAAUACUCAGGAAACUUGCUGUUUAAAUUAUGAUUCACAGCCAGGCCUGCCAAGUCCACUUUUCUUCUGAUAAUCCACUUCUGUUAAAGUUUCUCUGGGCCCUAUUAAUAGCUUGAAAGAAAUACUAAUGACCAACCUUGUGCAAGAAGCCAAAGCAUUUGACAUUCACAGAUCCAAAGCUUAGUGACCCAGAGCCCGUGAUUUACUGCAAUGAGGGGGUGAGGGAGCCAAGGAGAGAGAAGAAUUUAAGAUGGAGAUUUCCUGCUUCCAACAAAAGAAGCUAUUUCUGAAUUCUUUAUGCUCCCCAUCCAGGUUUAGUUUGAAUGGUGAGGUUCUGAUGAUCCCCCUUUCACAAUGAUUCCCCCUUACCACAUUGCUUCCUAAAGCUUUGCAAGAGCUGGAGGCUGAUGGCUAAGAGACUCUUAACCCACCUUCACCCACCAAUGACACCCAUCUUCCCCAGAGGACUCCACUGCUGCAGCCAUUGCUGACCUCCAAACCUAGAAGCAGAAGGUUCUACUAUCAAGGUAUUUAGAGAACAUACCUCAUUCCAGGUACUUUCAUUUGAGACUGAGUAUAAGGGGAGGACCUGAAGGGGAGGCUGCCUGGUGAGUUAUGUGUGGAAGGAGCUAACCACAUAUAACUUAGCAGCCAAGAAAAAGAAAGUCAGUCCCAAAGAGUAACUUUCCAGGAAGGAUGUUGGGAAGGAAUACUUGGCUGGAUCCAAGCUAAGUCAUGGAGCCAUGAAGAUUAUGAGGUCCUAGAUCCCCUUACGACCCCAAGGAGAAUGGAGAAAUGCAAGGGGUAAAUUUGUCCUCAUUCAUCCAGGAAACCUCUCCCACAUUAGAGGUUUUCGAGAGAAGUUGAACUUUGUGGGAGAGUGGCCCCAGUCUCACUCUGGACAGGGCUCUUCCACUUCAUUCUGGGUCCCUUCCUCAAUGGAACAUUGGAUUAGGAGAGAAAGAGAGGUCUGUUCAUGCUGUAUAAAAAUGAGUCUUCUCAAACAAAGCCAGGAAAGCUCCCCAGUCAGCCAACCAGCUAACGCAACAUAAAAUGUACAGACCUCAGACAUUGCCAUCAUAAGUCAUUUGGUGCUCUCGCUGGGAACAGGGAGUUCCAUGGACUGCUGGUUUCUGCUACCAAAAGAAUGGGCAUGGACCAGCUGCCUUGUCUGUCUCUGUACUUCAAUGCGCUGACCUAUGGAAGACUAAAAUGAUAUGGGCAAAGAGCCAGCAGAGGGAAGAAAAGAACUGGGAAAGAGCCCUGGAAUCUCCCCCUUCGAUAAAAAUUUCCACUACCUUGGAUUGUUCCAAGGUUCCCUUGUUCCUUGAGGCUUUGACCUUCACCAGCUCUUCUCAAGGAUGAGGUGAAAUACUAACAAAAGAUACCAUAAUUGCUGAGUCUACAGGGGGACUAUAGAUGCUCUACAGGACAGACUGAAAUGGUCCAAGCAGAAUAAAUGGGGGACAUUUGAAAAGCCAUGGCAGAUAAAUCUCCAGGUGCAUUUCAGCAUUACACCUGGCCCUAUUAACCUGUUAUCAGUAAAUAUCAAGCAAGCAGCUGCACUGUGGAGAUGGACAGUGUGUCCUUUCUACCUGUGGUAAAUCUGUAGCAAGAAUCUUCUUCUCUAAAUUGUGGAAAGCUUGCUCUGGGAGAAAUGAAAGUUAAAGUCAAAGGUCAAUGUGGAAGAAAAGAGUUGGAAUGGAUUGUUCUGUCCAAGAUUCUGGGAAGGAAACGACACAUCACUAAGGUUCUAGACUGAAAUGGGACUCUGCUAUGGUUAAGGGACUCUGGACAAUACUCUCAGGAACAUCUGUGAUGGCGUCUUCACUACUCCAAAGUCUCUUUUCUUACCAUCUCCUACCCCUCCCCAAAGACUACAUAUUUGAAAUCAAGGGCUGGAAGCAUCACUGGAUGCAGGGAUGUGCUUUUAAUCUCAGUUCAUCCAAAGCCAGUGCUGGAAGAUACCCUGAGAGGUUAACAUAACCUUUCCCCUACCUCCAGGAAGGAUUCCCCUAAACCAUCACAGACAGAUUGGCUGUUUUUCUUGUUUCUGGAGACUCAGUGAAGGUGAUUGAUUCCAUGAUUAUUGCCAGUCAUGUGUGACCCAUAUUGUGCCCUAGCCCUCUCCUUCAAUAAGGUUUUAUUCAUGUCUCAUCUAAACGGACUGUGAUGUAAAUCUCGUUCCCUCUUGUUCUGCUCCCUAUAAAGAUGGAGAGCAGCAGAAUUUAAGUCAGGUUCUUGAUUUUCACCUCCUUCUCUGUCAAAGUUAUGUUCAAGGUGGAGAUUGAAAUGGGAAAGAGUCAGGAAGAGGGGGAGAAGUGUCUUAGGUGUGUCUUAAAGAAACUCUCCUUACACCAAAUGGGGAAAGAGCCUCAAAGUCUUUGCUUACCCCAUCAUCUGGAUCCCAUUUCCUCAGCAUACCUGCCUCUCUCCUCUUUUUUUUCCCUUAACCCCUCUUUCUUGACACACUGGAAUUCUGUAUUAUAUUUUUUUUAUGAGAAGAAAACAGUGUUUGUCUGGUUUUGUUGUUUUUACAGGUGUUGUGGAAAAAACUGUAAGAAAAUUUAAGUAUUUAAAAUGUUUCAAGAAAAAACUGGGAAUUUUUUUGUUAUUAUUCUAAUAUAUUAUUGUGUACCUAUUGUAAAUAUGAAACGCUCCUAUUUUGCAAGCCAAGGACACACUUUGUACUGUUGUUAUAUAUAAAUAAAGUUUACUGGAUAAAAAAAAAAAAAACCUGGAAAUAAAAUGUCUCAAUGAGAUGAGAUACUACCUGGGCCACUAA